CUCUGCAAACAAAGCAGCAGCCCCGCCUCUCUCUCUCUCUCUCUCUCUCUCUCUCUCCUGCGAUUUCGGUAUUUUUCCGUUGGACGCCUCACGCCGCCCUCCGUUUCGGGUUUCCGUCGUCUCUCGCUGUCGGAAAGCCAUCUAUCCUCGGCCGUAUCUUUAUCUCCGUCUGCUUCUCGUUGCCUCUGCAACAUAAGCCGCAAUUCCCCCGAUCACUGUGUUUGCUCUCGCCUCCGUCCCUGCUGCCGCUGCCAACGCCCUCCGCGACGCCACCGCCGUAUACAUAGAGUCACGAUUCGGAAUAAACCAGUGAUCAUCAUCCUCUUGAAGUCUGAUUAGAAGUGCUGCUUGGGGAAUUUUUUGAAGGAUGGGAGAAAGAAAGGUGUUGAACAAGUACUAUCCGCCAGACUUCGAUCCGUCGAAGCUGCCGAGGGUUCGAAGGCCAAAGAACCAGCAGAUGAAGGUGCGCAUGAUGCUCCCCAUGAGCAUUCGCUGCAACACCUGCGGUAAUUACAUCUACAAGGGCACCAAGUUCAAUUCCCGCAAAGAGGAUGUCAUAGGCGAGACAUAUUUAGGAAUUCAAAUCUUUCGAUUCUACUUCAAAUGUACAAAGUGUUCUGCGGAGCUUGCGAUGAAGACAGAUCCAAAAAAUUCAGACUAUGUUGUUGAGUCUGGUGCCACACGGAAUUUUGAACCUUGGCGUGAAGAGGAUGAGGUAACAGAGAUGGAAAGACAGAAAAGGGAUGCCGAAGAGAUGGGAGAUGCUAUGAAAUCAUUAGAGAACAGAACCUUGGAUUCAAAGAGAGAGAUGGAUAUCCUUGCUGCGCUAGAUGAGAUGAAGUCUAUGAAGUCUAGACAUGCUACUGUGAGUGUAGAUGCCAUGCUUGAGGCCUUGCAGCGCACAGCCGGGGAAAAGGAGAAAAGGUUGGAAGAAGAGGAUGAAGCACUUAUAAAAUCAAUAUUUCAUAAGCCAAUAGAUUAUGUUCGAAGAAUUCAUGAUGAAGAUCUUGAUGAUGAUGGAGAUCUUGACGAUGAUGGAGAUAUGAUUCAGCUUUCAAGUGGUAAUGGUGAAACAUCUGGUGAUAAUCUAAAGAGGAGAAAGGUUUCUGAACAGCCUCUUGGUAACCCAACAGAUUCUUUGACAAAAGCCGCUUUUGACAGCUCCACCAACAAAGAAAAUCUAGGUGGUUCAGAGGCUGCUGGCAAUACCAAGUUUGUAUUCAAGUCUUCAACCGUUAGGAUUUCGGUUAGGAAGCCAGCUUCCAAUGGUAGUAAUUUAGUGAAAAUGGAAGGGAACAAACAAGGUGCUAGAACCAAUACAAGUGAACUUCAGGUUGUGACCUCCGGAGAUAACAAUCCAGUAGCGACCUCCGGUGGACUACUAUCGCUCUGCCAAAACUAUGAAAGUGACGACGACUAGUGAUUGACUGGGAGCGUAUCUUAUAACAAUAAUUUCUUUUUCCAAUAUAUUUGGGAACUUCAUUUAA